CGGUUCCAAAAGCAGCUAUGAAAAAGCUCAUGGAUUACACGAAACGUCAUUAGUGUGACGUCAUCACAUUAUGUCAGCUCACGCAAUGCGUGCUGCUAUCACCGGUGAAACAGGGCCCUGUUCUAAGUCUCUAUCAAAACCGGACACAGCCUGUCGACAUCGAAAUUGUGGCUUGCUUCUGGUCCCGGCACUUAAUUCGAUUUGUUCCCAGCACCAAAAUGGGUGAUAUAAAAAUGGAAAGGAAGGGUACCUUCAAGGUCGAUUACCUAAAGGAGAUCGAACGUGACAUGCAAGAAAAAUGGUCACGAGACAAGGUUUUUGAAGAAAAUGCCCCAGAAUCAUCAAAAUCAGGGAAAGGCGAAAAAUAUUUUGUCACUUUUCCAUAUCCAUACAUGAAUGGAAGACUGCAUUUGGGACAUACGUUUAGCCUUACUAAAUGUGAGUUUGCAGUCGGCUACCAGCGCCUGCAGGGCAAACAGUGCCUGUUCCCGUUCGGCUUCCACUGCACCGGUAUGCCGAUCAAGGCGUGCGCCGACAAGCUGCGCCGCGAAAUCGAGACGUACGGCUGUCCGCCGACCUUCCCGGCCGAGGAGAGCCGGGACGAUGAGACCCAGCAGCAGGACAGUGGCGAUCCCAUCAUCAAGGACAAGGCCAAGGGGAAAAAGAGCAAAGCAGCGGCGAAGGCCGGCGGCUGCAAGUACCAGUGGCAGAUCAUGCAGAGUCUCGGGCUUCCCGAUGACGAGAUCAAAAAGUUUGCCGACGCCGACCACUGGCUGCGCUACUUUCCUCCGCUGACGCAGCAGGAUCUGCUCCGCCUCGGACUGAGGGUGGACUGGCGGCGCAGCUUCAUCACCACCGACGCCAACCCCUACUACGACUCCUUCGUGCGGUGGCAGUUUCUCCGACUCCGCCAGCUUGGCAAAGUCGAGUUCGGCAAACGGUACACCAUCUACUCGCCGAGGGACGCGCAGCCCUGCAUGGACCACGACCGCAGCUCGGGCGAGGGAGUCGGCCCCCAGGAGUACACGCUCAUCAAGAUGAGGGCCAAGACAGUCCCGGCCGCGCUCAAGGCGGCUGGGAACAAGCCGGUGUUCCUGGUGGCGGCCACGCUCCGACCGGAGACUAUGUACGGCCAGACCAACUGCUGGGUGCGGCCCGAUAUGAAGUACAUCGCUUUCGAGACCAGCAACGGCGAGGUGUUUGUGUGCACGAGGCGGGCGGCGCGCAACAUGUCCUACCAGGGACUGACACCGGCCGAGGGUGAGGUCCCGGUGCUGGCCGAGCUGACCGGCCAGGACAUCAUGGGUCUGCCGCUGCGGGCGCCACUCACCUCAUACGAUACCAUCUACACACUGCCCAUGUUGACCAUCAAGGAAGACAAGGGUACGGGCGUGGUGACCUCCGUACCAUCUGACGCUCCCGACGACCUGGCCGCGCUGCGGGACCUCAAGAACAAGGCUCCUCUCCGUCAGAAGUACGGCGUCACAGACGAGAUGGUGCUGCCGUUUGAGCCGGUGCCGAUUAUCGAGGUGCCCGGCCUGGGUCCGCUUAGCGCCGUCACCGCCUGUGACGCGCUCAAGGUGCAGAGCCAGAACGACAAGGAGAAGCUGGCAGAGGCCAAGGAGCAGGUCUACCUGAAGGGAUUCUACGAGGGGGUGAUGCUGGUGCCGGCCCACAAGGGGAAGAAGGUGCAGGACGUGAAGAAGCCCAUCCAAAAGGAACUGGUGGAGAGCGGCCAGGCCGUCAUCUACCAGGAGCCCGAGAAGCUGAUCAUCUCCCGUUCCGGAGACGAGUGUGUGGUGGCACUUUGCGACCAGUGGUAUCUGGACUACGGCGAGACCUCGUGGCGCAAGAAGACGGCCGAGUGUCUGGAGAAGAUGGAGACGUAUCACGACGAGACGCGGCGCAACUUCGCUGCCACACUGGACUGGCUGCACGAGCACGCGUGUUCGCGUACCUACGGACUCGGAACCCGCCUGCCGUGGGACGAGCGCUGGCUGAUCGAGUCUCUGUCAGACUCGACCAUCUACAUGGCCUACUACACGGUGGCACACCUGCUGCAGGGGGGCGUCAUCGACGGCUCGGCGCCCAAGCCGGCCAUCAGGCCCGAACAGUUGACACCCGACGUCUGGGACUACGUGUUCUGCAUAACGCAGAAACCUCCGAAAACCGACAUCCCGCGGAACCUGCUCGACAAAAUGCGGCGCGAGUUUCAGUUCUGGUACCCGGUCGACCUGCGAGUGUCAGGGAAGGACCUGGUGCCCAACCACCUGACGUACUACAUGUACAACCACACGGCCAUCUGGGCCGACCAGCCGCGCUUCUGGCCCAGCGCCAUCCGCGCCAACGGCCACCUGCUGCUCAACUCCGAAAAGAUGUCCAAGUCGACGGGCAACUUCCUGACCCUGCAGGAGGCCAUCGACAAGUUCUCUGCGGACGGCAUGCGACUCUCGCUGGCCGACGCCGGUGACUCGGUGGAGGACGCCAACUUUGUCGAGUCGAUGGCAGACGCCGGCAUCCUGCGCCUGUACACGAUGCUGGAGUGGGUGAAGGAGAUGGUGGCCAACAAGGCGUCACUGCGCGCCGGCAGCGCCAGCUGCUUCAACGACCGCGUCUUCCUCAACGCCAUCAACCAUCAGAUCGUGCAGACCCAGGCCAACUACGACAAAUGUCUGUUCAAGGAGGCCCUGAAGACGGGCUUCUUUGAACUGCAGCUGGUUCGUGACACGUACCGUGAGCAGACCACUGAGGGUAUGCACGUCGACCUUGUGUUCCGCUUUAUCGAGGUGCAGGCGCUGCUGCUCAGUCCCAUCUGCCCGCACGUGGCCGAGAAAAUCUGGCAGCUCAUCGGCAAGGAGGGAAGCAUCCAGUCGGCGCGGUGGCCGACGGCCGACCCUGUGGACCCCAUGCUGCUCAAGAAGGCCGAAUACCUCACCAACGCCGUACACGAUUUCCGAAUCAAGUACAAGAACUACAUGACGCCAGGCAAGCCGAAGAAGGGCGAGGCGCCGCGCGUGGUGGAGGCUCCGUCUCACGGCACGGUGUGGAUCGCGCACAGCUACCCGCCCUGGCAGGCGUGCGUGCUCACCACGCUCAAAGAGAUGCACACGGCAAACGGAGGCAGUUUCCCUGACAAGAAGGCCAUCGCUGCAGAGAUGGGCAAGAAGGCAGAGCUGAAAAAGUACAUGAAGAAGAUCAUGCCGUUCGUGUCAGUCGUUAUCGACAAGGUCGGCAUUGUUGGUAUGCAGGCUCUCAACCUCACUCUGGACUUCGACGAGCGGGAGGUGCUGCAGGCGAACCUCGAGUACCUGGUCAGCACGCUCGAGCUGGAGGGCCUGAACCUGCGUCUUUCCACCGAGUCGCCCGACGAGCGUGUGCGCGAGGAGUGCUGUCCGGGCGCCCCGUACGUCCAGUACCGCGCCGAGCCGAGCGUACCCCUAGUGGCGGUCAACCCGCAGCCGGGCAGCGGCCUGUUCCAGGUGAAACUGGCCGUGAGAGAGGGCGACACACCGCGUCGCGUCGCUGUGCGGCUCGCCAGGACCGAACGCGCCGUCAAAGACGCCACCCAGGUGCGACUGCUGCGAUACACGGACCCGCAGCUGGGGCCGCGGCAAAUGCCCGUGUUCGGAGAGCCAGCCGCCGGCAAGGAGAUGCUGGGCGAGGACGUCACGUUCCACAUCGACACGGCGCGUCAGGAGGUGACGUGCCGACGCGCCGGCCAGCCGCUGCCCAUCGGCGACCAGCUCGUCUACAUGGUGGGCGCGUGAUGACCGUCCCAAGAUGGCAGCCAGAGGUGGCUCCUCUGGUGACUAGGGACUAAUCAAGUGGACCGGCUCCCGCAAGCUGGCCCAACUUGUCGCAGAAUUUCCGCGAGGGUUGUUAUUGGUUUUUACGGGAGUUUUUAGGGGAGGGUUCCUCAUGAUUGGGAUUUUGUUGGUCAGCACUCAAGGGAAAUGGUGUUAAGCGGUGAAUUUGCAACACCAAAAGGCUUUAAAGAAAUGUUCUGUCCCGGCGACACAGGGUGCACGGUUCUCUGAAUUUUGAUUCGAAAUAAAACAAUUGACUAUUGACGAA